AUGACAACUGCAAAAAAGAAAAGUAUCUAUACCGUUCAGAAUACAUACCCAGAUAGGGUGGAGACAGAAGAGGCAGUUAUGAGUGAACUGACCGUAAAAAUUGGGACGAUAGAAACUGCAAUGCUCUUGCUCAGCUCCAUGGAGGAGAGUGUACUGAUAACAGUUUUCAAACAUUUAUUGGAAUAUUCGCGCCCAAGAACUGAAAACAUUGCAGUUCUUCGUGAAAAGGGGCUUUUAGAUCUGCUUCAAGAAAAAAAUCUUUUGAUAACAAAUGAGAGUGUAAUUAUUAAACGUUUCGCGCUUUACCUAACUACCGUCAUGAUAGAAAAUAUGAACACACUUGAAGACUUGGAAGUAGAAAAAGUAAUGGAUCUUUUGGACAAAUGUGUAGAAUUUUAUAAUGUUGAAAAUGAUACAUUUUGUAUAGAAUAUCUUUCUGCGAUCAUAAACAAAUGUUUAGAUGAUCCCAGAAUGGCACGAAAUAUGUUACAACAAGAGGAAUACUUAAAGAAAUUAGCAGAACAAACUCAACAUAAGUAUAGUAACUCUAAAUCUCGAGAAUAUACGAAAUUUGUACAAAAAUCGAAUUACAAGACAGAUCUAGUAAUGCCUCGUCCUACCACUAAACACCAAUUGCAACGCAGAAAAGGCGUCGAGAAUACAACAAUGAUUCCUACUGCUGCAACAUCUAUACCCAAUCCUUAUAAUGUAAAGCAACGUAAAAAAACACGAUUUCUUCUACCCCCAAAUCGUCGCAGUUGGUCUGAAAGCGAUCUAUUAAAGGAAAUCGAUAAGGAACUCAAGUUGGCAAAAGGCUUUCUUUUUGCAGAUGAAGCAGCGCCUGCAGCAAUAAUGAUAACACCCAAAUUCAAGGCAAAGGCACCAACGGGCACAGCGCAUCCACACCAAAACGAACGCUUGGUGUGCAUCCACAGAGAUUCGUUUUGUCGUGUAAGUGAACGUAGUAGCAAACGAAAAUUAAGAACUGAAAUGAUAUCCAAACCACAGAACGACUUGAAACACACCGGCCAUGUUGGAAUUGAUGGAGCAUCUUUCGGUGAUGUCGCAUUCUUGGGCAAUUCACAAAAUUAUAAUCACGUACCACGUCAAAUUGUUACGCCAUAUAAACCUUCUGAAGAUAUUGAACAAACACCAUUAUUAUUGCCACCAACACCUACAAGUCCUGACUCUCUACAAACUGCUAGUGGUUAUUUUCCAGAAGGUGCAAAUGUUACCUCUUCAAAUCCUACAUUUAUAUCUUCUGCUGAAAAUACACCAAAAAAUUUCUCAAAUACUUCUCAAUCCUCAUUUGAAUUUCCCGGUCAACAAUUAGUAUUGGGUCCUACAGUCAAUGUCUCCACAAAUCCAUUUGCAAGUAAGAAUGAUGAUGAAGUAAAUAUGUCGGCAGCAUAUGCCAUGCAAAACAAUCAAUACAGUAAUGACAGCAAAAUGUUUGCAAACGAAAUUGAAGUUCUGACAUCAAGUCAGGCUGGAAUAUCUGGUAGACCAUCGUCCAGAAGUAAUUCUGAAGAUCCACAUGUAUAUCAUGAGAUAUCAGAUGAUGAAAUGGUAGCGGACAAAUUAGAUUUUGGUCCUUCAUUAUUGGCUGAAAUAAAUUCAAUGUUUGGCUCAAUGAGCGCAACAUCAAGUCAACCAAAAUCUCCAGAUUUUGAGCAUGUUAACAUAAAAAACGAAUUUACAGAAAUCUCUACUAAAUUAGUACGUAAAAAUAGUGCUGGGGAUGCUAAUGGCAACAAAUUUGGUAUUGGUUCUAUGAAGAAAAAAACAGCUGGAACUGUUAAGCAAAUAUCAGUGAAAGAUGAAAAAAUACUUAAUCAAGCAAUCGAAAUAGCAAAUGAAAUGAGUGCGAGGUCCAUGAUUGAUUUGGGUGCUGAUCCAGCAAUAUCAGCACAAAGUCCGAAAAGAAAGUUCAGUUUUCGCUUUCCUCAUUUGUCGAACAAUGGCUCCAAUGAUAAAUCAAAUAGUAAUGGAUCGCCAAAUCAUGCUGGUGGCGGUGUUAACAAUGGCUUACACACUGGCAUUUCUUCUCCAUAUUCGAAAAAGAAGAACUUCACUGAAGAACUGAAGAGUAUACCAGACUUACAGCGCUUCCGAUCUUUAAAUGAGAUUAAAAACUAUAAUAAUGCUGACAUACGUAUACCACUUUUUGAUAAAAAGAGUUCAGAUUUUUGUUUUGAAAAAUCUCGUGAAAUUCUCACUCGUCCAUUAAGUUUUGAUCCACCACCAGGUUUGAGUAACACGACAAAUGAAAAGAAACGUGACCGAAAGAGUAUCUCUGAAAAUAUAAUGGAUAUAGAAAAUACAUUGAAGGCUUUAAAUCAGGAUUUUAUGUAUACCUACACUGAACUUAAUAAAACCGAUUCCGAUGAAACUAUAUUGAAUGAGCAGUUUUCCAGUAUAGUUUCAUCAAUUGAUGAAGAAAUCAGCAGUGCUACUGGUAGCCUCAGAUCUGCUGUUUACAAUUACAGUAAUGGUGUACAGACAAUGUUUGAUUUCAAUGCUGCUACCAAUCAUAUCGACAAGCACUUACAAUACAUGAACGCUCAGAGUCAAAAUCAAUCAGUUUGUGAUACAACUUUAGAUCAGAAAUUGAUUGAAGACAAACGUUCUAGUACACCAGAUACAGGAUUUGCUUCGCGCGACACUAAUAUUUCGUUAUCUCGACGUAGUAGUCAAAAAUCGAGUUAUAGUCCGCAAGAAAACUUUUUUAAUCCAAAGGACUUGCAUAUUGCGUCGAGUGGUUACACAGGACUAAGAGAGGAAAAUACAUUAUCUAGCGAAAGAUUUUGUACAAAAUAUAAUGCCUUGUCUGCUUCACCUAAUAAGACUGCUGAACAUGUCAGCAAUAACUCAGUUUACUCGCCCAGAGAAUUGAAAAUUGACACCGAACAAUUUAAAAAUAAGAGCUACCGACAACGCUCUAUGUCUUUUACUGAUCAUUUUAAUCCCAUAUCUCCUGUGAUGUCUGAGCCACAACAACGUGUUAAACGACAAUCGACAAAUAUUAAAAACUCGCAAUCUAAUUCAAAUGGGCAGCCAACUAGACGAUCAGCUUCCUACAAACCGCGAUCCAUACGUGCACGCACUCUACGUCGACUUAGUUAUAAUCCAAUUAUUUUAGAUUCCAGCAGUUCCAGCGAUGGGGAAAGCGAUUGUAAUCGCAGCGUUGCACGCUCUGAAUGUGACAUUCGUACUCGUGUUUCUGUAUUAUAUCGUCGACGUCGUCAGGGUAUUGGCCAUAAAACACUCUCGUCGUGUAAUGACGAUCACGAAGCUAUUGUUGCUUCUAACAAAUUAUAUGGCUCUAAUGCUAGCAUAAAAUCCGCUCCUCAUUACAACUAUGGCGGUCGCAUGGGAUCAUAUCGAAACUAUCCCCGAAAUAUGUUUGACCAAUUAGCUUACGAAGAUAAGAUAUACGAUUUUGGUGGUCGAGGACCAGGUAAUAACUACGGUGUCACUGCUACAACAAAUCAAAACAUAAUUAAACCACCUAAAACUUUUACUGUUAAUGGAAGUUGCGCUGGUUCGGGCUCAGGUUCAUCUUCGACAACAUCAACAGCUGCACCGUUUAGUGCUAGCACACGUAGUGCUAUAUUCCAUGAAUUUGAUGUUAGCAGAUUAACUGGAAAGAGUCCCACAUCUAAUUUCGUCAACUCUUCUCCAGAAGAAAGAAAUUCCAGACAGUCUAAAGGACCAAAUGCAACUCCUCCAACUACGCUCCCACUGCCAUUGCUAAAUCAUACAACAAAUGCAAAUACUGCCAAUACUUCAAAAUUGCAAACAGAAUUCCAUUGGCCAGAAAAAAUUCAUGGUUCCACCGUUAAGCAAAACGAUAUGUUCUGGCGGCAACAGCAAAGAGAUGUUGACGCUCAAAGCGCAUUUCUACGUAAUUUACAAACCGUCGAUCAUAUACACACUAGUGACAGUUCUUCCACUGAAAGUGGUGAUGAGUUCGUCUACCGCAGCGAAUUCAUACCACACGUUCCACCGAGUCCCGCCCCAUAACUAAGAAAAAUGCUGAAAUAUUUACUCAAUUUGCUUUUCGGAAAUGUUAUGUCGAGCGAUUAGAAAGCUUCAGAGAUAAAGUCAGAGAAUUAUGCAGUUCUUACAAAGGAUACGAAAGAUAUGAAUGAUAUGAAAUGAAUACGACGGUGGAAUAUGCGAGUGAAUUGACUUACUUAAUUGUGUUUUGUUUGGAAUGUAGACGAACCUUUAGUAAAUAACAUACCGUACAGGAAAGGCUGACCUCAAUAGAAAAUGUGUCGAAAAGUAAAUUGAACAAAUAUUUACAGCAUUAGAAACUAUAAAAAAUAGAAAACAAUAAAAUCAAGAAACAACAACAAUACAUUUGUUGGGAGUGCCUUACAAAAAUUCCCCACUCAUCAAGUUGUGCAAUGUAGUAAAAUUUUCGCUCUUCUCCUCAACUCCUCAAGUCCUCAAAUUUAGCUAUUUUACAAUGCGUUAACGUAGAAUUGAUAGA